AUGGCUCUCACCCGGAGGGACUCCCGGUCGCUGCCUCUGCCGCUGCUGCUGGUCUGUCUGCUGGUUCCUCAGCUGGCGCCUCUCGCCGCCGCUCAGUCACCGUCAGGGUCCUCCCGCGGUCAGAUUCUGAGCACCAGUGAGCGGCAGCGGCUGUGUGAGGACUCGGAGGACGGGUCCUCCCGGAGCCGCCGGAGCUCCGAGUGGUCGCGGGAGCAGCAGGUGGCCGCCGGAGCCGCCGGGGAGGGGUCGCUCGGCUCCGGAGGGUGCCCCAGGACCUGGGACGGCGCGCUCUGCUGGCCACCCACCGGCGCCGGCGCCAACCGCAGCGUGGCCUGCUUCUCAGAGUUCCGCGGCGUGCUCUACGACACGAGCGGACGGGCGAGCAGGACGUGUCUGUCGGACGGCGUGUGGGCGCCAUCCGCCGACUACUCUGCCUGCCGCCCGCUGCUGCUGCAGGCCCACCCGUGCACCCCCGGCCCCCCACCGCCGUCCAGCGCCAGUGUUGAGGCCGCUUCUGCCAUCUACCUGACGGGCUACUCGGCUAGCCUGGUGGCCCUUGUGGCCGCCGUCGCCAUCUUCAGACACUUCAAGGAGUUACGUUGUCCAAGAAAUACCAUCCACACGAAUCUGUUCGUGGCGUGCAUGGUCAAUGACGCACUGUGGAUCACCGUCAUGACCAUUGAGAUGGCAAUGGCAGGCACGACGCCGACCUCGUGCGGUCUCGUCAUCCUGCUGCACUUCUUUCACGUGGCCACUUUCUUCUGGAUGUUUGUGGAAGGCCUCAAUCUGUACAUGAUGGUGGUACAGACCUUCAUGGUGGAUAGACACAACCUGUGCGUGUCUGCCGAGGGGAACUACUCGUUUGUGCGCGGUCUGGAGCCGCCGCUGGACCAGGCGUUCCUGUCACAGUGUCCGUGGCUAGAGGAUAGUGAGUGGGACUGGAUUCACAUCGCGCCCUCCCUGAUGGUGCUCGCCUGCAAUGUCGUCUUCCUCGUCAAGAUAAUGUGUGUUCUGAUCACCAAGUUACGCUCCACUAAUUCCUCGGAGGCGCAGCAGUACAAGAAGGCGACCAAGGCUCUGCUGGUGCUACUGCCGCUGCUGGGCGUUACCUACAUCCUGGUGCUGGUGGCACCGAGCACCAAACACGUCAUUUACUACAUCCAGACGGUGCUGGUCUCCGUACAGGGUCUGAUCGUGUCACUGCUGUACUGCUUCUGCAAUACGGAGGUGCAGUCCACGCUCAAGAAGCACUGGUACCGCUGGCGAGGUAGAACCUACCUGCGUCCAGCCGACAUGCAGCGUACCAGACCGGGAACACUCACCAGCCGUUUGAAAGCAGCCGGCGAUACCUCGGCGACGGACCUCACCUAUACGACAGCGAUGGACAGCGACGCCGUAUAGCUCCGGCGGAGGUCUUACGGUGUGGAUGGCGAGAAGUGUGGCAAUGUGAGAGACCUUCUUGUGGAGGGAGACUCGGUUAUAACGGCACGGAAAGCAAAUAAGACCUCACGUCCUUUGAACAUUGAAUGCAGUGCAAACUGAUAAUGCAAGUGAAAAUGGGUAAUGGGUAGGUAUUCGUGUGAUAUGACGGGUAUAAAUGGUAUCUUACUGACGAAUUCUCGUGCAAUUCUACUUGUAUUAUUUGCGUAAACAGCCAGAAGAUGUGCUGCUGCCCGUCUGUCGAGUUCACUUAUGUAUGUAUCUAUGUAUGUAUGCAUGACUUACAGGAAGGACGGGCAGCUGACUUGUGUUGAGCAAAGUGUACAUAGUAUACAUGCGUUAGUAAGACCUAAUAAGUAACUUUGAUACCAUAAAACCAGAAUACCUACGGCAUCAAAUUUUCGCUUACAAAUGAGUCUGAAAUCUCCAAUACAUGAACUCUGGGUUAGAUAGGAUUGUGCUUUUCUAGCUUUCUUUUGUCUGUCACUGGUUCUAUUCUUAGUCAUAUUGAUCGUGCCCUUCGCCUUUAUGUAGUCAUUUGAUGCUGUGCUUGUUGCUGUGCAACUAUAUUGCUCUCGUGUGGUCGGUAAAUAUCGGGCCAUUGUCUCGAGCCGUGUCACUGACCUGACCCGUGUUCUCGUUGGUGAGUCGCCUUGUUCAGCCGACACGGCACACUGUAUGUACACAGUACACACUGUACAGUCGGGUUGCGGAGAAUUCCUACCUUGCUACAGGUAUAGCUGCUCAUAGUUGUCGCUAAGAGUAUACGUCAAGCUCGGUUUGUAGUGACUCCACGGGGGGAUAGAUAACGCAUGUUUUGCUGCAGUUUUUAUGUGUAAAAGGCUGCCCACUCUUUCCUAACGAUCCAUACUUUCAAUUAGCUCAAGUAGGUGCAGGGCGUGGCAGCUCAGUAACACGUCCAUCGUCAGGUCCACUUGAUGCUGCAUAAUAUCGCCAGAAAUUGUGAUAGCUGGAAGGGUGUGUGCGGAGCGAGACACACCAUUUUCGGACGAUAGGAGCCAAGUGGUGACGCGCAGUCGAGCCGCGUGGCUACACAAACACUCGUGCGCCGAUCGCCUGAUGUAUAACUAAGCUUGCUUAAGAUGUGUGCUCCGAUGGAGUGCGCAGCUAUAACAAGAGUAAAGUGUUAGCUCUACCAAUGGCGUCUGAAAGGAAUGAGAAGGGUAAGAUGGAUGACGUGCGCAUAACUGCAGAACGAUUUUAUGACAGAGGGCUGCCGGGUGCAAUGUACAGUCCACAGCAGAAGUAAUGUGUGGUUUCAGUCAUGGGUAUGUUCU